UUAAACACGAGGGGCAGACGUGCGCUUUUAAAACAGUCACGUAUUUUACGAUUAAUCAAAUCAAACGCAGUUUUCUACAAAAGCGAACCAAAAAUUUUUCUAUUUGCACACUCCAAACUACAUGGUUUGGACUUAUUUCUGCUUUAUAAAAACACAGUCCUUUUUACAACAACUAGUAAUUUAACCGCAACUUAUCUGCUGUUUAUUCAAGUCCAACCCCUAGUCCAAUCAUUUAGAUAUUCGAUCAUAGUAGCGAUGGGUUCAACUUCGAGACACGAAAUGGAGCUGCAGCGGAAGGUGAAGGAGGAGUUGAAGAGUGCGACUGACCCGGUGGACAAGAUCAGACUGACUGCACUAUCCAGGGGCCCAGGGGGCAUCAAACACAUCGGACUGGUGUUUAGAAACAUGGACGACGAUGGAUCCAAGAGCAUCUCCUUCUCCGAGUUCCGCAAGGGAGUCAGUGACAUCGGGUGCCAACUCACCAAAGAGGAGUUGGAGCAGGCCUUCAAAGUGUUUGACAGAGACCAGUCGGGGGAGGUGGACUACGAUGAGUUCCUCCUCAAACUCAGGGGCGACUGCCUCAACCCCAAGAGAGAAAAGUUUGUGCAGCGUGCAUUUGAGAAACUAGACAAAGACAAGAGUGGAAAUAUUACAGUGGAAGAUCUACAUGGAGUGUAUGAUGUGACUCAGCACCCCAAGGUGGUGUCCGGAGAAUGGACAGAGGACGAGGCACUCGGCGCAUUCCUAGCGAACUUCGAUGAUCCGCAGAACAAGGACGACACAGUGACGAAGGAGGAGUUCUUCAGCUACUACGCUGGCAUCUCCGCCUCCAUAGACAACGACGCCUACUUCGCCCUGAUGAUGGAGAACGCGUGGAAGCUGAACGAGAAACCCCGAAACAACAAACCAGGAGAUUACAAGAGCAAGAACAAAACCCGAGCACCACAGAAGGACCUGAUGGACUCGUUUGGCAAGAGGACCCAGAGAACUAACUUCGGCAGGAGUGGGUCAGACCUUAAGUGUUCUAUGCAGGUUGAAGAGCGGAAGAACGGGUCAUUCAACAGGAACAUAUAACACACACCACCGCAGGAUCCGAUUCCCAUUUUAAUACCCCCCCCCCACCCACCCUUCAACAGCAACAAUAUCCUGAAACCACCCCCUUCGAAUUCGAUGCAUAUUUGACGAGAAGAGUAGUUGCAUGAACACAAUUUGCCGUCUAUCGAGCAAUGAUUCUAGUUAACAAUUUUCGAUCCAGUUGUUUACAGUAAAUCGGCAAGAGAAAAAAGCUGUGCUAUAUGAACUACGUCAAACCCUUUGAAUGAAUUGUUUCUUCCCUUCUAAUUGGAGUAUCAAUUGUUAAGUGCAUCCGAUAAGUGAACUAAUCUCAAGAAACAUUGUUGCGCGUGAUUCUAUUUUAUAAGCACAGAAUAUCCGAAGCUUAAGCUUCAUUUAAGCAAAACUGAAGCUAAUUUUCAAAUUCUACUGUAUAAUAACUCGUCAGAAAGCGACGCAACAUUGUUUUAGAAUCCUCAAGUUUCUUUUUGUUGUCCAUAUUUCUUUUUUUUUGUCUCGAGGUCAAUGGUAAUGUUGUAUGUUUAAAAAAUCUAUGAGAAAUUUGUGUCAAUUUCAACAAAACAACUUUCUAAAACUUUACACAGUAAUUAAUUAUA